AUGGAUAUCGAACCAACGUUCAAGGGUUACAUUGAAGAUGAAAAUGAUGCACUUCUAAUACUCCAAGCUACUUUAGAUGGAAAAUUAAAGCAUAUUCCUAGGAGACCAUACGAAAUUGAGAGACCCUACUUGAUUGUAUCUGGUAAUAUAUUCGUAUUUAUCGAGGAAAUAUCAGGGAUCAAGAGAUGGACAGAUGGUGUUUCGUGGUCGCCGUCAAGAAUUGCGAAUAAGUUUUUAAUAUACAAAGAAUUAGAUAAGGAUAAUCCAUCAUCAAUUGCAAGAAGAAAAACUAGCUCAACAAUAAAAUUACCACCUUUAGUGAAAGCUACUGUUGGUCAAGAUUCAAGUGAUAAUACAUCGUCUUCAAAGAGUGAUAGUAAUUCACCAACGUCUUCAUUGAGGUCUGUUCAUCCUUUAAAAUUUACUGGGUUAGUUAAAAAGACAAUUUCAGUGACUUUGAAACGUCACCCUUACAAUUAUUAUGAGAAUUUUCAUAUAGUUUCUUAUUACACCACAGAGGAUGUUAAACAAAAUAGAUUAAUAACCCCAAAGGACUCUCUUUUCUUUAGAAAUGUUAGACCUUCCUUAGAGUUAGUGACGGCAAUGGAAAAUACUACACUAGGCAAUACGAAGGGACAUAAUAAAAAUGCAUCUCUUACGCCUUCAAGUACACCAAUGGGUAAUAUGGAAAUGGUUAAUAUAAACACUGCGGGCAGUAAUCAAAACCACUUAAACCCAUACGGUCAUCAAGGUGUUGAGACUGGCCCAUUAAAUGGUAAUACUCUAAAGAGCAAUCAAAAUGGUAGAAAUCCACUUGUGAAAAAUGAGGAUUAUUCAACAACUUCAUCUUCAACAUUAUUACAUACAAUGAAUCCAUAUAUUCCACAAUCACCUAAUCCACAAAACAAUAGGUACUAUGUUCAACAAGGAAAUAUGCCAAAUGGAAAUGGGCAAGUCAUGAAUGGUUCAUACCCUUACCAAAACUCAAUGUCGUAUAUGAAUUCAGAUUAUCCACCUUCACAACCGCAACAGCAACAAACCCAACCUCCUCCACCUCAACAAUCGCAACUGUCACAGCAGCAGCAACAACAGGCAACACAAUCCUUCCAAUCUCAAACACAUCCACAGAAAUCUCAACAAGGGCAGGGAACGCAACAUCAGGGAAAUGUACCUGGCGUUAACUCUUAUCCCUAUUAUAUUUCAAGUACACCGUUCAAUAACCAAGGAUAUUCAGAUAGCUCUGCACCUGGUGGAAAUUCAGGAAGUGUCUUGUCAUCAUAUUAUGCACAGAACGAGCAAAAUAACACGAAUAAUGCAAAUAAUUUAUCUUCCAUCACGUAUAAUACGGGUCCUUAUCCUGUAUAUCCUGUAAAUGUGAAUAUGUCAUAUUAUAGUGGUAACUCUGCUUUUGGGAAAUCUGGUCAUGGUGCUGCCGCCCCAAGUGAGAACAAUUCAGCAGUGGUUACACCUUCGAUGAACAUGGCUGGAAAAGCAAACGGACCUGUCGGUAAUGCUGGAAUGGGAAAUGGAUAUAAUUCUAUUCCUGUACAACAAGGUCAAAUGCAUAACCAACAGAAUCACUCUAUUCAACAACAACAGCAACAACAACAACAACAACAACAACAGUAUGUGCAAUCACAACAGAUGCCAUACCCAACGAAUGGUGGAAACCAUGCGGGUUAUACUAAUACGCCACAUAAUCAGGCAGUACCGCAAAUGUAUCAAUAUCAGUCCCAAUCCUUACCGCAAUAUCAACACCAAGUUCCAGGGACAGCACCAAAUGUAGCAUAUAUGUACCCAAAUAUGCCCUAUGCAGCUUCCAAUAUGACUAGUAGGGGAUCUUCGGAAACGGUCAACGGCUCAGCGAAUGGAACAAAUGGCCAUAUAAUGGGUUCAUCCAUAAAUCCAACAUCGACGGGAGCCCCAAAUAUGCAGAACAGCAAUAUGGAGAGUAAUCCUAACAAUAACGUACCUCCUUCAUCAAACAUGAAUCAUGGUGCUCGCUAA